UCUCCCUGCAUUCGUUCAUCCAUCGUCACCAUCAUCGUCUCGCGGGAGGCAGAUUCGAAACCCUAAUUCCUGCGAGCGCCUCUACCCCUCCCUCUCCGAUUCCGAUCUCUCCCUCUCGUUCCGGCAUCCCGAGGCUCCGUCGUUUUUGCUCGACCUGAUCUGAAGCAAGCAUGGCCCGUACGAAGCAGACUGCUCGCAAGUCCACCGGUGGGAAAGCUCCCAGGAAGCAGCUCGCCACCAAGGCUGCGAGGAAAUCGGCCCCGACCACAGGCGGAGUGAAGAAGCCUCACCGUUACCGCCCGGGGACGGUGGCCCUCCGUGAAAUCAGGAAGUACCAGAAGAGCACCGAGCUCCUGAUCCGCAAGCUACCCUUCCAGCGCCUCGUCCGUGAAAUCGCGCAGGACUUCAAGACGGACUUGAGGUUCCAGAGCCAUGCCGUCCUCGCUCUCCAGGAAGCUGCGGAGGCGUACCUGGUGGGUCUGUUCGAGGACACCAACUUGUGCGCCAUCCAUGCCAAGAGGGUCACCAUCAUGCCCAAGGAUAUCCAGCUCGCGAGGCGAAUCCGUGGUGAACGUGCUUAGAGCCGCUCUUCGUUACAACAGUAUAAUGACUAGGGUCUUUUGGUGAUUCGUUUUGUUUUUCUGUGCAUAGAUGUCGAGCAUUACUGGUUUGUCUUUUCCGUAGUAGUCUUUGACAAUCGUAUUAUAACCAGUGGACAAGCAAUCGUCGCCAUUUGUUGAACAACGUUAUGGUUUGAGUAGUAUCAAAUUUCUGCAGUUGCUCUUUCUCUUA